CUGUAGUUAAUUUUAUUGUAGUUCUAUCUUUUUAUGAUUUAAAGAAAAUUCCAUAACAAUGCACAUAGCAAUUAUUGGAGCGGGAGCAGCAGGCUUAUCUGCAAUUCGCCAUACAAUUCAAGCGAAUUUCGAAUGUACAGCUUUCGAACAAACUGGUGAAAUUGGUGGAACAUGGGUGUACAGGGAUGAAGUUGGUGUUGAUCGAUUUGGGAUUCCAGUUCACACGAGUAUGUAUGAAGGAUUAAGGACUAAUUUACCAAAAGAAGUUAUGGGAUUUCCAGAUUUUCCAAUGAAAGAUGGUGAUAUAUCGUAUUUACCUCAACAAGAUGUUUUAAAUUUCUUAGAAAAUUUUGCACAAACAUUCGAUCUUUACAAACAUAUUAAGUUUUAUAAUCAUGUAAAAUCAAUAAAACCAAUAGAAAAUAAUCGAUGGGAAUUAACAUCCAUAAAUCUACAAACAAAAGAAAUAACAGUUUACCAGUUUGAUGCAGUUAUGGUGUGUAACGGCCAUUAUCAUAAACCUCGUUAUGCACAGUUGGAUGGAAUCGAAAAGUUUAAAGGAAUCCAAAAACAUAGUCAUGAUUAUAGAAAAGCGAAAGAGUUUCAAGAUCAACGAGUCGUUAUCAUUGGUGCUGGACCAUCAGGUGUUGAUCUUGCUUAUCAUAUUAGCAAAGCAGCUAAAAAGGUAAUAUUAAGUCAUCAUUUAAAAGAUCCAAUUGAAACACAAUUUCCAGAACACGUUAUACAACUGCCUGAUAUUAAAGAAGUUAAAGAAUAUAGCGUCAUUUUUAAAGAUGGAAGCGAAGAAGAAAUUGAUGUUAUAUUCUAUUGCACGGGAUAUGAAUAUAGUUUUCCAUUUUUGAGUGAAGAAUGUGGAAUUAUUGUUGAUGACAAUUAUGUACAACCGUUAUAUAAGCAUUUAAUUAACAUUGAACAUCCAACAAUGGCAAUCGUUGGUUUGCCUUUUUAUGUUUGCGCCUUCAUAAUGUUUGAUUUACAGGUACGAUUUUUUCUAAAAUAUUUAACAAAUCCUAAAGAUUUUCCUACAAAACAAGAAAUGAUGGAAGAUACUCAAAAAGAUAUUGAGCAAAGGCGAGCUCGUGGUUUAACGGCACGAUAUUAUCAUUCAUUAGGUACUGUACAGGAUAAAUAUUUUAAAACGUUAACUGAUUUGAUUGGAAUGGAAGAAACACCACCAGUAAUAUUUAAAAUUUACAAAGACCGUGCUCAAAGAAGUAAAACUUAUUUACAAUACUAUCGUGGUGAUAAUUAUUGUGUACUCAAUAGCGAGAAAUUCACUGUAAGUCGAAGUACAACCAAAAUAUUUUAGGAAAUUAUUGUAAAUAUGGCUAAAUGUUACCAUGGUCUAUCAAAAAUGAAAUUCCAUGCAGGUAGUAAAAAUAUUAUUUUAUUUUUAUUCAGAAAACAAAACAGAGCCGACGUAAAGCAUGGGCUACGUCGACCUCGCGGUCGACGUAGCCCUCGAAAAAAUUAAACCUCUAUAUCCGGGAUUCGUUCUUUCGAUUUUUUCGUAAUAGUUACCUCUAUAACUGACACAGCGAAUUAAUUUUAUGUGCAUUAACCUUUGUAACUGAGAACUGAGAUAACAUUGUUUUGUUUGUUUACUUACUUAUUAUUAUUCUACCUGCAAAUUCCGCACUUAACUAAUUUUGAGCCUCAAUGACCUUCAGUUAGUUAGUUUUACUUUCUAUCAUAUGGAUGUUAAUUUGAAAAAUGACGAAACGAAGGCUCAAAACGUUAUCAGUACGUGAAAAACUUCUGAAAAUCUGUUUAUGAAAAUGGGAAGACACGCGAUGAAGUCUGUUUCGAAUUUAAUGUGCCAAAAUCUACUUUGUGUAGAAUAAUUCAUAAUAAAGAUAAAAUUCAAUCACAAUGUCCUGAAGGGCAAGCAAAACUAAAACAUGUACGUUUAUCAGAAUAUCUUGAAUUGGAACAGUGUUUGCUAACAUGGGUCAAACAACUUCGUAAAAAAAACGUUCCGGUAAAUGGACCGAUGAUUUCGCUCGAAGGCUCGGAACCCUUUGUAAAUGAGACAGAUAUUUAUUUAUACCUGUAUAUCUGAGACACUGGGUAAGUGGAAUAUACAAUACCAUCUAUAAGUGAGUCUUUGUAGGUCCUUUGAUGUUUCACUUAACCAGGUUGCACUGUAAUUUUAGUAAUAUCACUUAGAAUAGUUCAAAUUUUGCAUUUAUUUUGACUUAGAGUGUACAUAAACCCGCGUUAUCCUUUUGUUUUUGUUUAGUCUAGCAACAUUUGCUCACUUGCUGGCAUUGCGUUAUUAUCACGGGAAAUACCUGCCUGUAAAAAUUGUGUAUCAUAUCAGGCGAGAAAUAUAGUGCGUCAAAAGAGGGCUUCGCAAAAAAAUAUUUUUCCCACGUCAAAUUUAGCUCUUGCCCCGCCACUGGAAGAAAAGUAUUUUUGAUGGACCAAGUUUUUAAGUGUACAUUUGUAUACUUUUCUGUUAAAGUGUUAUUUUCGUUAAUAAAUACGUUUAAUAACAUUUUAUUAUGUUUGAAAAAAUGUA